CACACUCCACGCCACCCCCUAACCCUCAAAACAACAUGUGGCAUAUGCAUAUGUAGAUCAAAUUAGAUCUCACCAUCCCAGAAACCAACUGUUCAGAGAAAUUAAGAAUGCAUGUAUAUAAUAACAUGAACAUAUCCCACAAACUUGUCUGAAUAUACAUGCAAAUCUCUGCAAAAGACCUCCCAUAUAUACGCACAUUGUAUGUGGAACUCUUACAUCGAUAUUAGGAUCUCUCAAGAAUUUCUGCUUCCAUUUCUUGAAACUUUAUUGCAGCAUAAACUACAAAGAUUUCUAGCCAUUUUCUGAGGAAACACAUCGAUGCAAGGAGCUUCAAGAAUCCACUCAUGAAUUAAUUAAUUAUUUGGCCACCUUAAAAUCGUCAAAAGUUUCAAGGUACGACACGACACCUGUGAGAAACAUCUGCAGACAUGGCAUGCAAUUUGUCAUCCAUAACGAGCUCUCAAAUUACCAAUGCCACCAACAAUGUGUUUCAAGAAGGCAGGCUUCGUCGGUCAUUUUCGAGUAAAGAUUUGUGUCAGAGAACGGGAAUGCGAAGAUCGUACUCAGAAAACCAGCUCUGUUGUUAUAAAAGUCGUAUGACAGAACCGAAGCUAAAGAACAGCCGUUCAAUGAGCUUCUUCAAUAUCCCGUUAUCAGAUACUCUUCGAUCAUUUUUGUUUGAUCCAGAAACGGAGAGAGAGAGAAAUGUGGAGCAGAAGUUUAUAGAAGCAGGUAACGAUGAGGAGAUGGAUGUGGAGAAGAAGAGAGUGAAUUGGGUCGAAAAACUUCUAGAAAUCCGAAAUAACUGGAAAGAUAAACAACUGAAGGUUGAACGAAAUGUUGACCAAGAAAAUGAGAGAGAUUGUUAUGAAGAUGGUGGUUGUGAAACGGAUUAUGGAGACGAUGAAGUGGAUGAGGACAUUGAUAGAGACACAUUCUCAGCAUUGUUGAAGCAUGUGUCCUGGUCAGAUACUAAACUAUUUUCUCAGCUGGCCUUCCUGUCUAAUAGGGCGUACGUGAUUCCAGAUAUCAAGUCCAGGGAUUUAAGGAGAUAUUGUGGCUUAGAAUUCGUAACAUCCUCCCUGGAAAAGAAGGCAGAGACAGCAGCUAUCAGAGCCAAAAUUGAGCAGGAUUUCACUAGUGCACCUGUUGCAACACCUGCAAUUACUGGUCCUCUUUCAGGAAAAAAGGAAAAUUCUGAACAAAGACGCUACACUCGUUCAUCUGCUGCUUAUGAAAUUGCAGUGGCAGCUGCAUCUUAUCUCCAAUCUCGUGCUAAGGACCUGAUAUCCUCUGGGUUUGAACCCCAACUUACAGUUGAUGUUUCUUUAGGGGGAAGAGAUGAGUACCAAGUAAGGGAUGAAGAAAGUGUGAUCCAACAACACAAAUCAGAAAUGGCUGCAUGUGUAGCAGCUUCAACAAUGACAGCAGUUGUUGCUGGAGAUGAGAAGCAAAAACAAGAGGCAGCAAGAGAUCUUCAGUCAUUUCAUUCCUCUCCUUGUGAAUGGUUUGUUUGUGAUGAUUCAAAGAUAUACACUCGCUGUUUUGUUAUCCAGGGAUCGGACACAUUGGCAUCAUGGCAGGCAAAUCUCUUUUUUGAACCCACUAAAUUUGAGGGAACAGAUGUGCCAGUUCAUAGAGGAAUAUAUGAAGCUGCAAAGGGAAUAUAUGAGCAGUUCAUGCCUGAAAUAAUGCAGCAUUUGAAUAAAUUUGGGGAAAGAGCAAAGCUUCAGUUUACUGGCCAUUCUCUAGGGGGAAGUCUUGCUCUUCUAGUCAACUUGAUUCUACUAACAAGAAAGGUAGUUAAGCCAUCCGCUCUUCUACCAGUUGUCACUUUUGGGUCACCAUUUGUCUUCUGUAAUGGUCAGAAAGUCCUCGAUAAGUUGGGCUUGGACGAAAAUCAUGUAUACUCUGUGAUGAUGCACAGAGAUAUAGUCCCGAGAGCAUUCUCCUGCACCUACCCUGAUUAUGCAGCUCAAGUCCUGAAGCGUCUAAAUGGCACCUUUAGGUCCCAUCCUUGUCUAAAGAAAAAUCAGAAACUACUAUAUUCUCCUGUUGGGAAAAUAUUUAUUCUGCAGCCUGAUGAGAAGUCAUCUCCUCCUCAUCCUUUACUUCCUCCAGGCAGUGCUUUAUAUGCCUUGGAAAAUACCGACUGCACCCUUACCAAGAGAGCUCUUCGAGCAUUCCUAAAUUCUCCGCAUCCACUGGAAACUUUGAGUGAUCCCAAAGCCUACGGUUCUGAUGGUACAAUCAUUAGGGACCAUGAAUCAAGCAAUUAUCUGAAGGCAGUGAAUGAUGUUAUCAGACAACAUACAAGGCUUGUCGUUAAAAAAGCAAGAGAACAGAGGAACCAACUGUGGCCAUUAUUAACCUCACAUUCCCCACAUGCAUGGGUCCACAAACCUAGUUUCGAAGAUAGGCUGGUGGCAAAGAAAAUCAUGACUGGUGUCUAAACCUUUUUUCCGGCUAUCAAGUCCAGUUCGGAAGAGCAUGAUAUCGGAUUCAAUUUUUCUUGAAUCUUGUAAAUAUGAUAAUGUCCAGAAUCUUGUUUAUCAGUGGGUGAUUGUAUGAAUUGUUUGUCAAUAAUGUUGAUAUAAUAUGUGAUACCAGUUAAAUAUAUUA